UGGCCCUCGAUCUUUUCAGGGCUUGAAAUUAUUGCUAACCGUGUUACCUUUAGCCACAGAGAUGCUGGUGGAUCCCCAUCCCUUUUUGAUCUCCUGGUCAGUCUAGGAAGAAAUCAUCAUGCCACUUUGGCCUUGGCAGACCUCCAUGCAGAACUAGAUUAUUCCCCUGGAGCAAUGGUCUACAUUGCAGUGUCUAUAUUGCAG